GACUGCCUAAAGCCGAAGAAAUCGCAACGCCGGCCUAUCUCUCCUCGCUAUAUUCGACCGACGAAUUAGUACGCACUAUUGUGCCUGAAGAUUGCCCCGAUGAUCGGUCUGACGUUGAGUUAUACUGGCAGGAACGUACAGGAAAGGGUGCACCAGCGUUAGAAGACCGGAGUAACCAACGCUUGUGGUCGGAUAUGCUGACUGCCGGGAAACUGGACGCCUUAAUGGAGAGUGCCGACGUUAUUGCAUCUGCUCGUCCGUUGGCUGUCUCCACUAAGAAUGCCAGUGCCUGGUUGUUUGCGCUACCGGUUGCUAGCCUUGGCACAUUGCUGGACGAUGCCGGUCUGCGGAUCGCUGUUGCUUUGCGGAUGGGUGCACCAGUAUGCAAGGAGCAUAAAUGCCGUUGUGGGGAAAUGGUUGACGCGUUUGGCUUACAUGGCCUGUCGUGCAUAAGAAGCCAAGGAAGGUUCAGGCGGCACGCCAGUCUGAACAGUGUAAUCCAACGGAGUCUGGGUUCAGCAAAGGUGCCGACAAUCUUGGAACCGCCCGGACUAAGCAGAUUAGAUGGGAAACGGCCGGAUGGCUUAUCACUCUUUCCUUGGAAAAAUGGCCUUCCUCUGAUUUGGGAUGUGACGGUUGUUGACACGUUCGCUACGUCGUAUGUAGCCAGUUCAUCAGAAGCCGCGGGAUCUGCAGCUGAUGACGCGGAAACACGAAAAAGAAACCUUUACUCGGAACUGACUGAUCGACACUUUUUCGAACCAAUCGCCCUCGAAACGAUGGGAAGUUGCGGCGGUAGUACCCGUCAUUUCAUCAACGAAGUUGGCCGACGCAUUAAAGAGCAAACAGGAGAAGCGCGCGCCACCGAAUUUUUGUGGCAACGUCUAAGUGUGGAAAUUCAGCGCGGGAACGCUGCUUCUGUUCUGGGAACGGUUGGGUGUUCUAAACAGCUUGAAGAAUUGUUCUUUUUGUUCUAAAUUGGUUUACCAAGUUCAAGUG